AUGGUUAUACUCAAGCAUUCAAGUGUGACCGCUAUCCUCUGGCUUGGCCUUGCCGGCCGUGGACUUUCACAAUCCCUUUAUAAGCCUGAAAAUCUUGCUAUUCGAGGCGAGAAUGUUGAGGAAAUUGUCGCCCGAGACAUCGAUCCUAGUCUUGAGGAAAGAGAUGAGGAUGAUUGGCUUGAGACUCGCGAUAGUGAGGACGAGCUCGUUGAAGUUCGCGAUUUCGAGGAUGACCUUGCGGUCCGAGAUUUCGAGGAGGCGCUCCUAGAAGCUCGGGGUCUACAUGUUCGUCAGCCGCGUCCUGCUCCACAGGCUGGUCUUCGCCCUCGACCGCGACCUCGCCCUGCUCCAGCCCCUCAGCCUCAACCCCCAGCUGCUGGAAGACGACGUCGUUCUGUUGAAUACCUUGAGGCCCGUGAUCUCUAUGCUCGUCAGCCACAAGCUGGUCUUCGACCUCGCCCUCGCCCUCGCCCUGCUCCCGCCCCUCAGCCUCAACCCCCCUCUGCUGCAAGGCGCCCCCAUUAA